CACUCGGCUUGACAUCACCCUGCAGCACCAUUUCCAACUGCUUGUGCAGGUCCAUCUUGUUGUCGAUCGCUGCCUUGCACAUGUCGGCGUCGACGAGGAUCUGGUACGGCUGCCUGAAGCCGAAGUUGAUGUGGUACAGGCUCAUGAGCUUGCGGUAGCUCUUGGCGCGCUUUUGACGCAUUCUGGCUGAUUAUGAGGGGCGAGGAUGAUGAUGUGUGUGUCGAGUAUUGGGAUAGAUGGAAAGAGGGCGCACACAAGGAUGCCGGAGGGGAAGGGGGAGGAGGGGGAAUGACAACUUGCUCAAGACGGAACGAAAACGACACGAUCAGCGGGCCGAGCGCGCCGAAGCGCCAUAGCCACCCUUUCGUCCCUCCACCAUGAAGCUGAGCGCUUUCGUGGCUGCCGCCUUCGCGGGCGCCGCCCUCGCCGCGGAUAUCACAGGCGGGAUUAUGUGGAAUAGUGUUUGUCAGGACAUCAAGCAGCUCGGACAGGCGAAGGUGUUGCUCGAUAAUGCGGCGUACUCUGCGAAUGUGCUUAGGAGCGGGAAGUUCUCAAUCCCGGACGUUCCUGCUGGCACGUACUUGCUGAGUGUACGCGCGCACGACUACAUGUUCGAUACCCUUCGCGUCGAUGUCCCCGAACCCGACGAGAAUGGCACAUACGCCGACCCCAUCGUUCGUCCUUACGUGCCGGGCACACCUCUCGACCCUCCCACCCAAGUCACGCUCCCUUACCCGAUCGUUCUUACUGCAAGGGGGAAGUACAACUACUACACCGCGCCUACGUCCUUCAAUGCCCUCGGCAUGCUGCAGAACCCCAUGAUGCUCAUUAUGGGCGCGGGUUUCCUCAUGGUGCUCGCCAUGCCCUACCUAAUGAAGAGCGUCGACCCUGAAGCCCUGCAAGAAAUCAACGCAAAUCAGGCCAAGCUCGGUGAUAUUCAGAGCGCGUUCGCGAGUGGGGACUUCAAGUCGGGGUGCGUUCUAAUUAGUGUCCUGCAUGCCCUUUUCGGCUCAACUGAUACCUUACGCAGCCUGUCUGCUCUCAUGAAUCAGGGCGAACCGGAGGCUGCGCCUGCUCAGGCUGCCUCUCCCGCGCGUGGUAACGCUGGCAAGAAGGGCAAGCGGAGGUAG